AUGGAUGAAAGUUCUUACAGCUCAAGUGAUCUUCGAGUCAGUGAUCUAGAAAGUCAUUAUGAGUUUGAUGAAGAACCUGAUUUUGAUUAUGAGGAUGAUUCAUUGCAUCGUCAUUUUGUAGAAAAAAUGCAAAAUCUUGAUUCAGAAAUCAAACAGCUUAAAUUGAAUAUUAGGCAUUUAGAACAUGAUAAAGAAGAUACGAAUCUUGAUUUAAAGACUGAAUACAGAGAAAUUUGUGACGAAAUCGAUCGAAUAACUCUUAAGAAAAAGCAAAAAGAUCAGGAAUAUGAAUUUUUAAAGCAACAACAGGAAAAACAAUACAAAAAUGAAGAAGAAACUCUCAGAACUCAAUAUAACGAUAAUAUGCAAAAUUUAAAGGCAACAAUAAACGCCAAUAAAGCUAAAACUUAUGAACUAAAGCAAGCAACGUCUGAUACCAAAAUCAAAUAUCAAGAAAAAAUUAAUAAAUUAAAUCUUGCCAUAGCAGAUCUUGAUGAAAAGGCCAUAUCAUACAGAGAUGAAGAGUCUCGUUUAACAGAAAAGCGUGGUGCUUUAUUAAACCAACAAAAGCAACUUAAGGCCUUAUUAGAAAAGGCAAUCGAGGAAAAUCAUCAGCUAGAAGAGACUCAUAGAAAGGCUUCUCGCAAGCAUGAACGAAUUGCUAAUGAAGUCAAAGAACUUGAGUAUUCAGCAGCUUAUUUUUAG